GAGUGUCCCCCCUUCGCCAUCCCGGUGCCGCCCACCGAGGGUGAGUACCUGCAGCAGCCGGGCCGGGGAGCCCCAUCCCGCAUACACGCCGGCUUUAAACAGAUCAGUGCUCAAACCAAUACACCACCACUUUCUCAACCCAAAAGAUCAAAAAAACGCCACGCAAAUUUAACACUGGAUAAAAUGAUGGAAAAAUUCCUGCAACAAAGUGUGGAUACAGAAGAGAAAUUUUACAAAUAUGAAGAGCAGCGGCUUAAACUUGAGGACAAGCGCCGUGAAGCUGAGCAUGCUCGAGAACUCCAGAUGUUACAAAUGUUGGGACAGAUGUUGGCAGGAAUUUCUUCUACGGUAUCACAAAGGUCACAGUCUAUACCAACUAGUAGUCAAUCUCAGAGAGCAAAUCACCGAUCCUAUGGCGAUAACUUUAAUUAUAAUGCUAUGGCAGCAGCACUUUCUCCACCAAUAGUUAUUGAGAGAGCCUUUUCACUACACAAAACACAUUCUAUAAAGGACAUGGAAAAUAUUUUUCAGUUGGUGCGCAAUGUUAUUCCUCCUCUAACAGCACGGAAGCAUAAAGGUCAAGAUGGACGGAUAGGUAUCGUGGGAGGAUGUCAAGAGUACACUGGGGCACCAUAUUUUGCUGCAAUUUCAGCUCUAAAAGUGGGUGCAGACUUAUCCCAUGUAUUUUGUACCAAAGAUGCAGCAGCUGUGAUAAAAUCAUAUAGUCCAGAGCUGAUUGUUCAUCCAGUUCUUGACAGUCCUAAUGCUGUUCAUGAAGUGGAAAAGUGGUUGCCUCGACUGCAUUCGGUUGUCAUAGGACCUGGUUUAGGUAGAGAUGACGUGCUACUUGAGAGUGCUAAGGGUAUUAUAGAAAAAGCCAAGAUCAAAGGAAUUCCAAUUGUUAUUGAUGCUGAUGGAUUAUGGCUCAUUUCCCAACAGCCUUCUCUUAUUCAAGGUUACCAGCGAGCCAUUCUUACUCCAAACUAUAUGGAGUUUAGCAGACUUUAUGAAGCUAUGCUAAGAGACCCUGUGGAUAGCAAUGAUCACCAUGGGUGCGUGUUACGGCUCAGUCAAGCCAUGGGGAAUUUGACAAUUGUUCAGAAAGGAGAACGAGAUCUUAUUUCUGAUGGAGAAAAAGUGCUUGUAUGCAGUCAUGAAGGAAGCAGCCGAAGAUGUGGUGGACAAGGGGACCUUCUUUCAGGUUCUCUUGGAGUGUUGGCACACUGGGCAUUUCUUGCUGGACCAGAAAAAACUAAUGGUCAAAAUCCAUUUCUAGUGGCUGCAUUUGGAGCUUGUUCGCUUACAAGACAGUGUAACAGCCAAGCCUUUCAAAAAUUUGGACGUUCAAUGACUACAUCUGAUAUGGUUUCAGAAGUUGGAACAGCUUUUAACAAACUUUUUGAAACCUGAAGCCAAAGCAGCAAAGAAGGAAGAAAAGAACAACGGCUACAACAGUAAUUACAUUUACAGUAGAAUAUACUUAAGUAAUGCACCCUUUCAAGUGCUGUAGCAGCAUUGGUAUGCUAGGUAGAUUUUUUUUUUUUUAAAAGACUAGAAAAAUGAUUAAUGUAGAUAUUUUUUAAGAGUUUGGAAUAAAAAAAAAUGUUUUGGCUGAAAUAUGCUGUAGUUGCAGAUCUGUUAUAUAAUAUAAUAAAACUAAAGUGAAAAGUAUUCCUCAGUUCUUUUUCAUGGUUAUUGAGCAAUAACUAAAGUGUGUGUGAACUGCAAAAAUGCACUUGAUUCUUAAGAAGAAAGUAAAAUUCUUCCACCAGCUACACUGAAUUUUUUGGCCUGCAUCAAGGUAGUCAUGAUUUUAUUAGACUCUGUAUCUAGAAUUAGCUACUGCACUACAUUUUUUUUCUAUCUUAAUAUUUUCCCCUCUUUGGAAGUUUGAGAGUUGCUUUCAGUUUUGAAUGUAAUUGGUUGCCUUUGCCUAGUCCUGGUCACUGAGGCGGCAAUAUCUAAUUUGAAAUUCUUGCUCUUCAUUUUUCAGAAAAAAAAUCUGAAUACAGGGGAAAAUAGGGGGGGGGGGAACCUCUUUACAAUAAGAAUUUACUCAGAAGUAUUGGCAUGAAAUAUAGGAAUUAUGUUUAGCUCAAAUAAUUUACUUUGUAUUCCAUCUCCUGCU